AUGUCGCGCGGCAGGGACCCUUUGGCACUGAGCCAGGUAAUUGGUGAUGUGUUGGAUCCUUUCAUAAAGUCAGCUGCCAUGAUAAUUAAUUAUGGUGAGAAGGAGAUUACAAAUGGCACUGGGGUACGAUCAUCUGCCGUGCUCAAUGCACCACAGGUGCAGAUUGAAGGUCGUGACCGGACGAAGCUCUACACACUUGUUAUGGUGGAUCCUGACGCGCCAAGUCCAAGCAAACCGGAAUACAGGGAAUAUUUGCAUUGGUUGGUGACAGACAUCCCAGAGGCAACAGAUGCACGUUUUGGCAAUGAAAUAGUUCCCUAUGAAGCUCCACGGCCACCAGCCGGUAUUCAUCGGCUUGUUUUUGUGCUAUUCAAACAGGAAGCACGGCAGACAGUUUAUGCACCAGGAUGGCGGCAAAAUUUUAACAUCAGAGACUUCUCAGCAUUUUACAAUCUUGGACCACCGGUUGCUGCAUUAUUCUUCAACUGCCAAAAGGAGAGUGGUGUUGGUGGCAGAAGGUUCCAAGGACCAGGCUGA